CUUCUAUUGUUUAUUUAAUAAAUGUAUACAUUUAAGGAUUAAUUUUGUAUAAUUUUAAUUAAAUACCAGCGUACCUUUAAAAGUUUCAAAAUUUCCAUACCGCUUAACUAAUUAAACAUUUACAAACAUAUACACCAAAAACAUCUAAAAUGAAAUUGAUAAUUUUUUCGUUAUUUAUGCUAUUUGAAUGUAUCAUAAGUAGUCCUGUAAUAUUAGAUGAUAUUAUCAAAACUAUGUUAGAAAGGAAAAUAGUCGAAUUUAGUCCUGAUGUGACAAAAAAUGUUCAAACCACACUUGUUAACAUAGCUCACUUAAUAAUGAUGAACCAUAUGGACGAAGACGGUCUAAAAGUUGUGUUGAGAAGUGAAUUUUGUAAAUUUGAUGACGAAGAAAGAAAAAGCGAGUGUGAAGAAGAAGUAAAUAAAGAAGGAGAUAUAUUAUGGUUUGAAUUUGAUAAUUUCUUCAAUGGUUCAAUAUUGAAUACAUUAUUUGAAGAACCAUAUUAGAAAUUUGUUACAAGUGAAUUAAAAAAAUACGUAUUAAUGAAAAAUGUGUACAAAUUGGACAAAAAAUUCCAUUGUUCUUUUUCUUGAUUUAACUUAAAAUCAAAUUAAUUUUACUAUAAAAAUAAUUAUUAUAUCUAUCAAUAAAAAUAGUUUACGUACUUAAAGUUAUAAAUAAUUUUUUUAAAAACUAUUUUAAAUAAUCAUAUUUCAAAUUUGAUGUUUAAGUAAAUUUUGUUAUAUGUUCAAAUUAUAUAGUUUUGCUUAUCAUUCAUAUAUAUAUGUAUUUAUGUAUUCCAUCGAAAAUUUUGAUCAUCAAAUAUUAUUUACAUAAAUCCAUAUGUCUUUUACUAUGUUUUUAUUUUUUAAUUAAUUUAUUCUAAUCAGUUCUUUCUUUUAUAUUAAAAAAAAAAAAAUUGGAAAAAUUAUAAGUUUUAUUGUAUUUACCGUCGUAGAAUUUUUAAGUCGAAUUUUAGGAUAAUUUUAAAUUGGCACUUAUAUAAUAUUAUUAUCUAAGUUAUUAAUAUAUGUUUAUUAUUAGCCAUUAAGAAAAUUAUUAUAAGUCACAAAUAACAAUCCAUUGUCAACAAUCUAUGUUUUAUAAUUAUUUUAACAUUAUCAACAUUUGGUAAUUGUAAAAUCAAAUUCAAAAAUAAACUCAUAUUGAUUGACCAAUUAAUUGAUGACUAAUGGUCAUUCCAAGUAUUACCAUUUACUAUGUGGAAGUAUGCAUUAAGUUAUUUUUCGAAAUUGAAAAGAAAAAGUUCGCCACAUUGUGACAUUACUAAAAAUACACCAAAAUGUAUUCCAUCCACUUUUUGCAAGAUAGAUCCUAUUUGGCCCCAACCAAAAGUAGUUAUAAUAGGAGCAGGUAUGGCUGGUUUAUCUGCAGCUCAAUAUUUAUUUAUGUCAGGAAUUCACGAUUUUGUUAUAUUAGAAGCAUCAGAUAAGAUAGGUGGUAGAAUACAUUCAGUCCAUUACGGUGACGCAAAAAUAGAAUUCGGUAUUGAUACAGUUUAUGGUUGUCCAUCAGACUCAGUCUUCCGUUUAGCCUGUGUUGAACGUCUAAUAAAAUCACCAAUGAUUCGGUUAAACAGUAUGAUUGGUGCGUGGCAUGUACCUAAUGAGAAUCGACUGGUGAAGAACAAAAUAGUUACAAAAGCGCGGAGCCGGUUCCGAGAAAUCGAACGAACUGCAGCAUUAGCUCAUGAACAAGACCCGUUGACCAAAUCAAAUUGUCCUAAAGAUUUAUUUCAAUUUAUUGAUGAGUAUAUUCAAAAUGAACUCAAAGGAUUUUUUGAUGAUGAAGCAGAACGUGACGAUUUAGGACGAGUUAUGUACGCUUUGACCAACAAUCUGCGUACUAAACUGGGUGCUAAACUACAAUCAGUACCGGCCCACCUAUAUAGUAGUAAUGUAGAAAUGCCAGGUGGCUUAAUACGUGUUGAAUCAGGAAUGAUAGGCACCAUAACUCCUUUGAUGAAACAUAUACCAACAAACUCAUUAAAGACAAGUAAACGAGUUAUUAGCAUUCGGUGGGGUGCGCCUAAUAACACUAGUCCGAGAUCUCUUGUAGUUACUGAAGACGGUCAAGAUUUUCCGGCCGACUACGUCAUUUGCACCUGUUCACUGGGUAUACUCAAACACACGCCGUCAUUGUUCUGUCCAGAGUUACCAGCAAGACAAUGGGAAGCUAUUCAACGAUUGGGAUUUGCAGACGUGUGUAAAAUAUAUGCAUUAUAUGCACAACCAUUUUGGUUGCCAGGUACUGGUCAUAUAAAUUUUGCGUGGUCCAAAGCAGAUUUACAACAAUCUCCUGAUUGUCAAUGGCAUUGGAGUAAGGGUGUAAGUGGUAUACAUGAAGUUCCAGGAAGUACCAAUGUGUUAAAUAUGACAGUAACUGAUAAAGAUGCCCUGACUGUUGAAGUUAUGGACAACGCUAUAUUGACGGAUGAGAUUCAUGCCCUUCUAUGUAAAUUUCGGAAUGAUCCUCACCUUGUAAGACCAACACAUGUAACUGCUACCAAAUGGUCAACAAACCCAAAUUUUCUUGGUUUCAAAACUUAUAUGAAUACUAGCUCGGAUAUAAGUCAUAUCCACGAUCUUGCAUCACCUCUAUCAGCUUGCAAUAACAUGCCACCAGUAAUCGGGUUUGCUGGCGAACAUACUAGCCCCGAGUACUAUGGUACUCUCCAUGGAUCUCGGAUGUCUGGUAUAAGAGAAGCUAAUAGGAUCGUCGAAUAUACCAUGAGAUAUAAGGGACCACCGAUACCAUAUCAGGAUAAAGUGUCAAUAGCAGAUAACUACAAGGGGUAGUUAAAGCUUAGUUAUAAUUUUCAAAAAUAAGUCUCAAUUAAUUAAAUUAAUCAUAAUAGUUCAUUUCAUAUAUUAAUUUACUUAAAUUUUACAGUAAUAAACCUAUAUGUUAUGUUCA